UCCUCCUCUCCGCUCCUCUCCUCUCCUCUGCUCUCGAUCCCACCAGUUGCCGCUUCAUUCUUCUUUCUAACGGUUGAAAAUCCUCUGAGGAUCUCCUCUCCUCUCGAUCCCACCAGUUGCCGCUUUAUUCCUCUCUCUAACGGUUGAAAAUCCUCAGAGGAUCUCCUCUCCGCUCCUCUCCUCUCCUCUCGAUCCCAUUUUUUUCAAAUUGACUCUGCCAACUCUGCCAGCUAUCUUCAAGUAACGGCAAGAAGAUGAAGAAGACCCUGGGGAUUGCGUUGGGGUUCCAGAUUCUCGCCGAUUUCGCCAGGAGAAGUGUCUCUAAUCUUCUUCGCAGUGGGUUCCGUGAAAGUUUGGACCAAUUAAUACAGUCGUAUGUGGAAAGGCAAGCCCAAGCUCCAAUCGACUGGGAUCUGCACAGGAACGUACCCACUCCAACUCCUGCUUCACCUGAGCAGGAUCGGGAGGAACAGAGGGAUGAACAGAAUGGGGAUCAGAAUGAUGACAUGGGCAGACCUUCAUUGGCACUACCAUCCCCUCCGGUGCCCCCUCCACAGCCUCUUUGGCAUCAGGCUUUACAUCAUUCUAGUUGGUCUCGACAGAGCAUGCGCCGCUCAGAUCUUUUCUGUUGGAAUUUUAUGCACCCUGGUGCGAUCACUGCAAAAAGAUGGCUCCAAUCUUGGAUGAAGUUGCUGCUUCAUUUCAAAAUGAUACUGACGUUGUUAUUGCUAAGAUUGUUAGGCAAGUGUGUGGGGGGAGGUGGGUGGGGACAUCAUGAUGGCAUAUCUACUAAUCACUUGCUUGGCCGUGGAACAUCAGCUGCAUAAACUGGAUGGCAUAUUUUUGAGGUAAGUGACUCUUCCUCAUCUAGUUUUAAUUCAAAUUCAAAUGAUAGCGAUGAUGAUGAUAGGAUUAGUAUAUUUGUGAAAAAUGUAUAGUUAAUGUAGAAAGAGCUGCAAAGAAAAUCAGAAUGUUAAAAAAGAAAAAAACUUUUCUUAAGGAUCAAACAAAAAAUCUAGAAUAUGAAAAUGCAGCUCUUAUUGAACAAAAAGAAAAUUUUCAAUCUCAAAAUUCAACCCUUACUAAUCGAAACAAAUUGCUUGGAAAUGAGUUAAAAGAUUCUAAGUUAGAUUUAUCAAAAUUUUUUGCAAGUAGCAAAAUACUAGAUAAUAUCUUAGAAUUUCAAGGAGGAGAUACUAUGAUAGAACUGGUUUGACCUAUGUUGAGAAAGACCAUACAAAUUUUGGAAAACUAUCAAAACCUAAAUCUAAACUAAAAUUUGAUUCUAAAUGUAAAUUCUGUAAGUGCCAUGGUCAUAGAGAAUUAUGUUGUCUAAAGAAGAUGAAUAUUUAGAAUAAAGAAGGUAUGAGUUCCCAAGGAUGAGCUCAAGGCAGCCCCAAAAAUGAUUUGGGUAGUUAAGAAUAAGUUUUUGGUAGAAAAAUAGGCUAGAAAAUUCAAGUACUCAAAUGAUUGGGUACUUUAUCUUAGAUAGGUUUUAUAUGCAAUCCAUGGGAGUUAAAACAAUUCAGCUUUGGGAGAAAAUGAUGUAUCUCCCCAGGUAAUAUAUUAUAAUCUCAUAUCUCUUUAAAUUUAAAUGUCUUUGUUGAAAUGGUUUUCAACCUUGACUGUUUGCCUUGAUUACGUAUGCGAUUAAAUAUUGAUUAUUUAUGUUUGCUGAUUAUUAAAGCCUUGAGGAUGAAAUCAUUUUUUGCUCAUCAGUGUGAAUUAUUUUGGAUAUGACCUUAUGGUGUUAAGUGAGGUACGUUUGUACCUGUGAAAAUACAUGCUAAAUUAUAUUCUAGUGUCUUAAAUGAACUUACUUGCUCAUUGAGUGUUAUGUUCAAAUAGACCUCAUCAAUUCUUGCCAAAAGGUGCUGGUGAAUAUCCUAUCCCCGUCCGAUAUAAUAACCCUCGGCACCCCGUACAAAGCCACUAUUCUGUCCAUGAAAGCUCUGGCCACCUCUUGGGCCGUAUAGGGAUGAGCUAAGCCUAUAAAGUGUGCAAAUUUAGUGAACCUAUCCACCACAACUAGCAUACUAUCCUUCCCUUCGGACUUAGGCAACCUCUCAAUGAAAUCCAUGGAAACACUAGUCCACGCUUGGUCCAGUACUGGUAGGGGCUAGAGCAAUCGGGGUAAGCAACCUUCUCAUACUUGUACCUCUUACAAGUAUCGCAAGAUAAGACGAAUUCCUUCACAUUAGUCUUUAAUCUUGGCCAAUGAAAUAGUUGUUUCACCCUUAAAUAAGUGUUUUGGACCCCUGAAUGCCCCCUUAAGGGAGAUUCAUGCAGUGACUGUAAUAUUUUUUUCCAAAGGUCCCUCUUGCUGCCAAUGACUAUCCUGCCAUGCAGUUGCAGUAUUCCUUCCCUUAGAGUAUAACCACCCGUUCCUUGUGAUCCCACAACCAGCCCUUGUAUGAGUUCUUGCAUCCGUUCAUCCCCUUCAUAACUAUCCACCACUUCCUUACACCACUUCGGUACUAUCAUGGUGAUGGCUGCCAAUUCUUGCAAACACUUACUGCCUCAUUGGUACAUUGUUCCACUUAAAGACCCUCUCACAUUUUCUGAUCCACCACCGGGGGUUGACCCCUUCAAAGAUAGGAAUCUCCAUCGGGGGCAUGAUGAAACCCUGGUGCUGCCCAUUAGGCGUACAAUUCCUAUCGUUACCCAUAACUCCUUCCAAUGUUUCUUCUGGGUCAGCCUCUAUUUCAGCAUUAACACGACCCAUAUUCCCUUCAUUUCUAUGCAGUAUAUGCUCAUUUCUAUCUCUAGGGGGAAAGUUUUCAGCCAUUCUUACUUGCUUUUGUCGUGUGAAUAUUAUCAUAAAUUGUUGCACGCCAUCCCGCAGUCUAGCCAUUGAUCCAUCUAGCCUCUGCUCCAUACCUUCCAACCUCUACCCCAUUCCUUCCAGGGCUCCUUCCAUCUUGCUAUCCAUAGCUCGGAUGGCCUCUCGGUUCUGGGCUUCUCUAGCCUCCAUGUGGCCCAUCCUAUUCUGGAGCUCGGUCAUCGUCGGGCUAACCUGUUGUAGUUGCGUUUCAAAAUUCCUCAUACGGUUUUCGUCCACCAUCCUUGCUUCUACUAGUAUGCCAGAUACUGGUGCUCUGAUACCAGUUUGUCACAAACCCAAAUGUGACAAUGAAUCCGCCCUCUAAUCCAAUAUAUAUCAGUGAGAUCAGAUAGGGAUCUUAGAAAGAGACGGCACCGAUAAAAGAGAUAGUGAGAGAGGGAUUAGGAGGAAAGGAAUAAGAGAUAAAGAGAAUAGUUGGUAGAGAAAGGAUAGAAUUUUGUUCUUGUUAUUCUUCACGCAGUUACAAUCUGAGUAUAGGGGUAUAUAACUUGCUAGCAGGGGUGCUGCCAUAGCAGAUCACAUCCCUAAUAACUAACUCAUUUGUCUUUUUCCCUGAAGCCCCUUUACACAUGGACCUCCCCCUUAAAAUAUCCUAUUCCUUUUGCAGCUAUAAUAUCUAAACUAAUACCAAAGCAUAAAGUAAAUAAAACAUAAUAACAUAACAUAAAGGAAAUGACUAAGAAAACAGUUCAAAUCUGCCAAUUAACGGUCGAUGUCGCGCCCAUACCGUAAUGCAUGACAAUGUAGUAGAAAAUCUUCUAGAAAUGUUAAUAGGAACAUAUGUGCCAACUCAAAAAGAAAGUAUAUGAAGAAAAAGAAAGCAGCCGUCACAUGGAGUGAUAAAGGCUCCUCCUCAAGUGAAGAUCAAAUGGACAAUUAUUGUUUUAUGGUUGAGCAAGAUUCUGAGGUAAGCGACUCUUCCCCAUCUAGUUUUAAUUCAGAUUCAAAUGAUAGCGAUGAUGAUGAUAGGAUUUGUGAGAAUCUCACAUUGCCUCAGCAAGGAAGACAUGGGCUAUAUAUAAGGAGGAGGAUCCAUUCUCCGGUUAAGCUUUCUUUUCAAGUUGGAGUUCUACCUCUGACUUCUCACAUGGUAUCAGAGCCUACCCUUGACUGGGGGACUACCCUCGGUCGUGAUUAUGGACCAGUACCCUGCUCAAUCACUUGCACAUGUAUUAGUUACUGGAGAAGGUUCGACGUGG